AUGUCACCACAAGAUAAAAUCGAUCAAAUAUUGUACGAUAUGGAAAAUACCAUGCAUGAUGCAGCUCAGAGAGUCGAAAAAUUUAUCAACCAAGAUAAACCAAGCCAACGUCCACACUUGACUAUCAGAUAUUCUUCAUCAAAACUUCCUUUGAAGGAAACGGUUACUGGAUACGAAACGUUAACUAUUCAGCCUGUAAAACCUAUUAAUCCAGAACCUCAAUUAAUUUCUGAUCAACCUGUAGAAUUCCAGGCAGAAGACGUACACACGCAGAACAGAAGAACUCGCUCCGCUAGAACACCUAAUCAAUCAAAGACUCGAUAA